AUGGAGAUGAAAUUACUGAGAUGGGCUACAAUUGUUCUUGCUCUCCUUAUUUUUGAUCAAUCCUUUACAUCAGUGGGUGCUGAUUUGAUAGAGGACACAUGCAACAAAACAUCUAACUUCAAAUUUUGUGUGUCCUUUUUAAGAUCAAAGCCUGGUAGUGCUACUGCAGAUGUUCAAGGGCUUGCUCAGAUCGUGGCUGAUCAAAUACAAAUCAAUCUGAAGGAUACAUUUUCCGAAGCCAGCAAAUUAUAUAAGGAGGCAACUGAGCGAGUUAUCAAAGAAUGCUUCCAAAUAUGCUCCGAGAUGUACGGCGUAGCUAUUGACUACAUGAAUGGUGUCCUUAUAAAUCUGAAAUCUAAAAACUAUAGUAAUACAAGGGACGGUCUUUCGGUCGUCUAUGGUGACGCAGACACUUGUGAAGAGUCAUUCCAUGAGGAACCAGUUCGACCAUCGCCAUUAACGAAAAAUAACGAUGAUGUAAAGAAUUUAGCUCUAAUUGGUUCGGAGAUUGUUCUUAUUUUAGGUUAA